CAAUUUGGAAAAUGUCACAAAUCUGUCAUUUCUACGCCGUAUAGGGUAUUUGAUAAACUAAAUUCACAUUAUUUAUUGUAAUUGAACAUUAAAAUUACAAAAUGGUACAAUUGAAGCAAGUAUCAUUACGAUUAAAGUCCAUAAAAAAUAUUCAAAAAAUUACAAAGACAAUGAAGAUGGUCUCUGCGAGCAAGUUUACUAGGGCAGAAAGGGAAUUAAGAGCUGCCAGACCAUUCGGCUACGCCCCACGAAAGUUCUACGAAUCGAGUAAGCUGGUGGCGGGGCCGGUCGAUGGCAAGCCAGGAGAAGACAAGAAAGCGGCAGCUGAGCCUGCGGUGGCGCCGGCGGCUACGGCGGCACCUGACCACGACGCUGACAAGAAACUCAAGAGAGUGUACAUUGCUGUAACUUCUGAUCGAGGACUAUGCGGUGGGGUCCACAGCGGCGUAGCUCGUCGCAUUCGCCGUGAUAUGGUAGCGAGAAACGCAGAGGGCGCCACCCACAAAAUAUUCGCCAUAGGGGACAAAUCACGCGGCAUGCUUCGACGCCAGUUUGCGCCUAACAUGAUCGUUUCCAUUAAAGACAUUGGUCGCCAAACACCUGUGUUUGCUGAUGCGUCUCGGAUGGCCGCUGCGCUAUCCGACUCUGGAUACGUUUAUGACAUAGGAGAUAUUUACUACAAUAAGUUCUACAGCGCUGUCAAAUAUGAACUAAAUGUUAUACCUUUUUUCAACAAAGAUAAGGUUGAGAGUGCGCCUAACAUGAACUCGUUCGAUGACGUGGACGCCGACCAGCUGGAGUGCUACACGGAGUGGACCUUGGCCGCGCUGCUGUACUACGCGCUCAAGGAGAGCGCGGCGUCCGAGCAGUCGGCGCGCAUGUCGGCCAUGGACAACGCCACCAAGAACGCCAGCGAGAUGAUCAGAAAGCUUACGCUGCUUUUUAACCGCACGCGCCAGUCCGUCAUCACUAGGGAACUCAUCGAGAUCAUUUCUGGUGCAGCUGCGUUGGAGUAAGGAUAGGUACGUCAUAAAAUAACUUCGUGUUUUUCACACAAGUCAGUUACUUUCACAUUUUGCAGAGAAUCCAUGUUUCAAGUACCCUAUAAGAGUUGAUGCGGUCCAAUAAAUACAUUUAAUGUUUGUUUGAGCUAAAGCGAUUCAGGCAUUUCAUCGUUAAAAUAUUGA